CUCAGAAAACAGGGAAGGGGAGCAGAGAGGGUCAGAGGGACUGCCAGGCAGCCAAGAGCCCGGAGCAAGAUCAGCUGUACUGCCAGGACUGGUGAGCUUCCAAAUUUUACUAUUAACAUGCCUCACAAGUUCACCAUCCGCACCUACCAUUUCCCUACAUUUUGUGAUCACUGUGGCUCAUUAUUAUGGGGCUUCAUACGACAAGGAUUACAAUGUGAAGGAUGUAAAAUGAACGUACACAGACGCUGUGAAUCCAAUGUGGCACCAAAUUGUGGAGUGGACUCUCCAGCGGAUCUUGGCAUUUUGCCGGAUAAUAUGCCAGCAGCUGGGCAAAAGCAAAACGCAGGUGCUCAGGAGGCUCAGCUGUCGGUCCCUGGGGGUCCAUAG